AUGCCCAUCAGAACAAGUAGCGGCCAUCAUAUUGCCCAGCCAUGCAACUUAGACGCGGGCCCAAUAAAGUUACUAGGAGAGCUUCAAGAAGGAAAGCAAUUCUCAAAUACAAAAGAUUUUCCUGAAAACACGCUCUAUCUGAAACUGGCCCUUGAGUACUCUUUUUUCAGAAGUAAUUUAUUGAGAUUUUGUAUUCACCUGGAUAAAAUAAAAGCAUUUAUUAGAAGCUCUGACACUGUCUAUAUUCUGUGCGUGGUAGAAGAGAAUCUUCUGAGCUUGAUAUACAGCAGCGGGAUACUAGAAAUAUGUUUACCUAGAUUUAUCUUAAGGGAGGAUUUGAAGAUCUUCAAUGGCAGUUUUUACACCUGCCACGAAAACCGUUUACGUGUUUUCCAAGAAGAUGUUUCUCAACUCUUCAAAAAGCUUGAAAUCAAAGCGUCCAUGCUUUGUUUCACAAUUGAAGAAAUAUCUACGGCAAAUCAGGGAGCCUUGCCCCAAAGUUCAAGAUUGUCUGAACUGCUAAAAUGUAAUAGUAAGAUGCAGGAAACCGGACUGCAACGGCAAGAUUUUAUAAUCACUAUAGAAAUCAAGUUGACUAAGAUACAAAUCACCUUCCUGAUUGGAAGUAAAGGGACAAGAAUCGAAAAUUUGAGGGAAGAAUCAGGCGCCACCAUAAAAAUAGUACCCAUCAGCGAAAAAAUGACUAUACAUGAAAGGAACCACCCUGGCACCGUACAUCAAACAAUACUAAUAUCAGGUGAUCUAUACUCAGUUGCAUUAGCCACCACCAGUAUAGAAUCCGCAUUGAACACUUUAGGUCUGUAG